GCUGCUCCAGUCUCCGCUUGCUGCAGCCAGCGCACAACAGGCAGCAACAGCGCACAGAGCAUCAGGAUCCAGCCAGCAUGGAUAAACCUUUCGCCCAGUACAGCUCCGGGUGGCUCUUCCUGACAGCUGUGGCGCUCUGCUUAUGGGGUGCCAAAGGCAAGGUAUAUUAUUCCUGUGGUGCAGAUUUGGAAUCCAUGGAAAGAGGUCUUAUUUUAUCACCAGGCUUUCCAAAUAACUACUAUCCAGGGACACACUGUGUUUGGCAGUUUUUCAUUCCUGUUAGAACCCAUCUUAUCCUGGAAAUUCUUGACUUUGAUGUAUUUGAGAGCUCAAAUGAAACUCCAGACCCUUGGGAUGGCUUUUUUUCUUCUUCUAAAAGAAAAAAUAAGGCGAUGUUUCCUACUGAAGAAAACUCUGACCUUCCCAUCACUCUUGCUACUACAAAAUCCUCUGUUCUGGCUGGGAUGUCAAAGGCGAUCCAGAAACAUAGCAGCCCAGGAGCUCGGUCAAAGGGUCUUGCUGGUCGCUAUGAUGGAUUCCCAGUAACUACCUCCAAAAAAGAAGAAUACAAACAAACAUCUGAAGAAAAACAGUUCAGACAGAUGGAAGAACCCAAAGAAAUAUCUAAGGCUCAGCCAGAUGGACUGCCAUUCACUGUGCCUGGCAAUACCACUACGCAGCAGCAAAAUAUCAGUGGCCUAGAGAUGAACAGAGAUUUGAAAGGGAAAGUCCUGCUUGCUCACCUCACUGCUAGAAGGGGAGAUGAGGUCAUGGGAGAGAGUCAGACUCUCUCCACAACAGCCUUACCAAGAGGAAACUCCACCACCCAGCAGUCUUCAGCGGAUGUGUGUCCCCAUGAUGUCUUGUAUGUUUCUGACCUCAUCACAUUUUCCUCUCGCUUCUGUGGGACAAACUUGCCUUUAAACAAGACCAUGGUCUUCAGUUCAUCUCUGGAGAUGGUGGAGGUUAUUAUGGAGCUGAUCACGACCACGGAUCGUGGGAGGGGCUUUGCGAUGCUCUUUGAAUACAAGAACAUCACGGAACCUAAUGUCAUGGAUGUGGUGAGGCAGGAUGGAAAGGAAGACACAAUGAUGCUGGCAAUAAUAACUGGAAUUGUCCUCUUUGCACUUGUUCUUCUGUCUACCCUCUGCAUAACUUGCAGGCAGAAAAUGUGCCCCAAAAGGAACCCUUCCAGUGCACACAGUGACCAGGAGAAUGGGAUCCAGAACUCCGCCAUAGAUAUCAAUGAGCUCCAACUUGUGGUGCCAACUCGAGAGAAUGAAAACAACAAUCACACUGUCAGCGGGGACCAAGCUGUCACUUCCUCUGGAGGCUGCACAGAACACUCUUCUCGGCAUACUGACCCAGAUAUGCCCUCUUCUAUGUCUGCCGUGACCACUGAAACGGGGAGUGAUGAAGUAUUUAUUAUUUCAGCCGGCCCUGGUGCCAGCGGGUUGAGUUUUACCACAUACAGAAUACAGGACAAAAACCUAAAGAGAAGUGUCACAAGUCCAGCUUCUGUGUCAGACUGGCUGACUUCUGAUCAUAUGGCUCCAGGAGCAGGUACUGUGGAUAAAGGGAACACACAGGCAGAGAACCAUCAUCCAAGGCAACGGACAUGGAGUGCCCGCACAUUUCAUGACUUACUGACUCCGUUACCUCAGUUACAGAAAAAAUGGUAUAGCUGGACCACUAACAGCCCCUUCACUAAACUGGUAGACAGCAGCGGUCUUUCUACAUCCACAAGAAACCAGAGUGUAACAACCAGAAAAGUAAUUUCAGCCACUGAGAUAGAGGGAAUCUCAGAUAUUGUUUAUUCUGACUCAUCCACCUGCACUGCAUCAUACCCACAAACCCAAUCUGUGCAAAGGCAGGGGAAACUGAGCUCCUCCAGCUUGAAGAAAUCCAGAUUUGGGAACCCUUACUUUGGGUUUUUAACCAGCUCCCCUGAUUGCAAAGAGGUGAGGCCCUUGGAUCCCUCAAGACACGUGGGGGUGACACCUCCACUUGAUAACCAAAGCCAUGGCCUCCCUGGCCUCAAAAGCAACUUAAUCAACUGUUCAAAAACCAAGGAGCUCUCAAUAGAAAUGGACAAAUCCAAAUCAGCUCUUGUUAUUUCUGAAGAAGGGGAUGACCAGCAGCCUCUGGUCCUCGCAGAGCACUUUAGUCAGUGUAGAGAUACUCUGUCUGAGCAAAAUGUUGUAUAUGCUUCAGUGAAGGCUAUGACUGAUAAACCACCAGUGGUCUUGACUGUUCAGGGAGACAGCUCAGGCAGGCCUCCCAAUUUCACGUUGGAUCUCCCCACUUGGGAAAAGUUUCCCAAUUUAUAUGGCAAUCACAGGAAGACCGAUAGCUCUUCCAGGGGCCAGUGCAGCUUGCCUAGUGCAGAUACCAAUACAAUUGAAUCACCAUGGAACUUUGAUUCCUUAACUGCUCAUACACUCUGUCAAACAUCGGUUCAAUGA